AUGUCGGAAGUAGUGCGCGAUUCGCUGACAGAGCCACUCAAUGAAGUUUCAAAAGAGAGCUCAAGCAUCCUUUCAAAGGUAACUGUUCGAGAUGUCCUCGUUUUUGGCGUUGGAUUUUCAGUCGGCUGGGCAUUCAAGCAUUUCCGUAACAAAUAUCUUGAGAUGAAGAGAAAGUGGCUCCUCAGAUCUUUGGAGAAAACUAACGAAGGUCUCGGAAAAUCCGGAAAAGAUACCACUACAUAA